AUUUCUUAUUAAAUGGCCUCUUAAAAAAAAUAAAAGAAACAAAUAAAAAAUUAAUUAAGUAGAAAAAAGAGUAUAAGGACAAAUAUUCGAAAAACAAAGAGUGAUUAAUUGGUUUAAUAUGUGAAGAAGUUUUAGAAUCAAUUUAAGUUAAAUUAAUUAGAUUAAGAUAACAAAGAGAUUAUACCUUCAUAUUAGAGUAUUCCAACAAGUUAUUAGUUGAAGGGGAAAAAGAAAUUUCAGAAGAAAGAAGCAGUGAAAGGACUAGUAGGAUUAAAAAACUUGGGAAACAAAUGUUAUAUGAAUGCGUCGAUCUAAUUACUUAGUAAUUUGUAGCCAUUGUCGGAUUAUUUUAUUGAAGUAAAUUUUGGAUGAGCAAAAAAAGGAUUUCCAAUUAACAGAGAUUAAUCGAAAGAAUCCAAUCUCCACGUAAGGUUUAGCAACAGUGGCAUUUGCAAAUUUGAUAAAGAGUAUUUGGCAAAUGGAUAUUCAGAAACUAACAGUGAAAGGAACACCAAUAAUAAUUCCGGAAGAAUUUAAUAAAAUAAUAGGGUAUUGCAACAAAUCAUUUUCAGAUAAUAGUUAAUAAGAUGCUUAAGUAUAGAUAUGCAUUAAUAUAUGAGGAGUUUCUGAUGUAUUUACUUGAUAUGAUUCACGAAGAUUUAAAUAGAGUGACAUUUCCAAUAAAGAGUGUAUAAUUGAGAGAAUAUUUGGGAGAUUGUAAUUAGAGAGAGUUAGAGAGAUAAGCAGCAGAAACAUGGGGUGAUUAUUUAUAAAGAAGCAAAUCAAUAAUAGUAGAUUUAAUGUAAGGAUAAUUUAAGAAUUCAUUAAAAUGUUUGAGUUGUGAUAAGUACACUUAUAAAUUUGAGCCAUUAAUGUAUUUAAGUGUUCCAAUUCCAGAAUAAGAGGAAUGUUAAUUAAUUGAAUGUAUAAAGGAAUAUGUAAAAGAAGAGCAAUUGACAAAUGGGAAUUAAUGGUUUUGUGAGAAUUGUAAUAAGUUGGUAGAUGCAAUAAAAAAGAUAGAUCUAUGGAAACUUCCAACAAUUCUAAUAAUCCACUUAAAGAGGUUCAAAUUUGUUGAGAAUGGUAUUAAAAAGAUUGAAUAAGCAAUUAAUUUUCCUUUAGAGAGUUUGAAUUUAAGUUAAUGUUUACCAAAACUAUAAAAAGAAAAGCCUAUAUAUGAAUUAUUAGGAGUUGUUUGUCAUACAGGAACAAGUGAUAGAGGACACUAUUACACUUAUGCAAGAAGUAAAGAGAAUUUUAAUUGGUAUUUGUUUAAUGAUAGGUAAGUAAAGCAAAUAAAUGUAACUGAAAUACCUUAAGAAGAUGCUUAUCUUUUAAUGUAUGGCAAAAGCACUAUUCCAUUAAUCAAACGUUAAACUAUAUCAUUUCCUGAAAAUUGGCCUCAUGUAAUAAAAUGA